CGGCCUGGCUGAGCGCAGCCGGGAUGGGGCCCCACGGAUCCCAAGAGAGUAGAGAAGUGGGUUUCCUCCUGAGUCCAGUUGGUGCAGCAGCCAGCGUCGGGGUGGAAUUUAUAACCCGGAACGCUAAUUUUGAGUGAACUGGGGCUACCAGGCUUCCAAACCUUGAUGACAGCUCGUUUACCUAAGGAGGAACACAGAGCCUUGGUGUUGGAGUCCAAGACCUUGCUCUGGCUGCGCAACUUGUGACCUUGUAACAUUCUUAUCUGAAAUGAAAGAUGAUGUCUGACCAGGAUUGCCGGUCCACCCCUGGGAAACUGUAACAACAGCUGCAAUGCAGAAAUACCCAAACCCUAUGAACCCCAGUGUGGUUGGAGUUGAUGUGCUGGACAGACAUAUAGAUCCCUCUGGAAAGCUGCACAGCCACAGACUUCUCAGCACAGAGUGGGGACUGCCUUCCAUUGUGAAGUCUAUUAUUGGUGCAGCAAGAACCAAAACAUAUGUUCAAGAACAUUCUGUAGUUGAUCCUGUAGAGAAAAUAAUGGAACUUAAAUCUACUAACAUUUCAUUUACAAAUAUGGUUUCAGUAGAUGAGAGACUUACAUACAAACCACAUCCUCAGGACCCAGAAAAAACUGUUUUGACUCAGGAGGCCAUAAUCACUGUGAAAGGAGUCAGCCUCAGCAGUUACCUUGAAGGCCUGAUGGCAAGCACAAUAUCUUCCAAUGCGAAUAAAGGCCGAGAAGCAAUGGAAUGGGUAAUACAUAAAUUAAAUGCUGAGAUCGAAGAAUUGGCAGCUUCAGCAAGAGGAAGCAUAAGGACUCCAAUGGCAGCGGCCGCAUUUGUAGAGAAAUGAUAAAGUUGGUGUCCAGCAACGGGUCCCCCAGGUCUCUCCAAAAUGACAGUAUAUUUAUUUGUUAUUUAAAAAUCACAACUAUAUUUUAGGUAGUAUUUUUUUUUUGAUAAGCUGGAGUGAGGCUAUGUGAUUUUUAUCAAAAGAAAGAUACAGGGGUUCUAAAUCACAGGGAUCAUCUGAUGUUAGUAUGACUUGAAAUGACUACUUGUUAGGUUUCCAGUAUCUAUAUGAAAAUGUAACCAUUUUUUUAAGAAUACUUGG